CCGCAAUCCUUCAACACGCAAAUCCGACCCAUCCUCUCUUCGGCCUGUCAUUGAUAAGUCGCCCCUUUGCAACUUGUUCCGAUUCCUCGAAUCUACGAUAUCGAGAUAGGAUGUCGCCAAUCGCUGCAGCUAAAGGGGGUUCAGCCUCGGGAGACUACAAGAAGGAGUCGACGCUGGCAAGAUUAUUAGGAUCAGGAUCUGCCGGUAUUGCUGAGCUCGCUGUCUUCCACCCAGUCGACACAAUUGCAAAGCGGUUAAUGAGCAAUCAUGGGAAGAUCACUUCGGCGGCACAGUUGAAUCAAGUCAUUUUCAAGGACAAGGCAACUGCUCCAGUCGGACGGAAGUUCUUCUCUUUGUUCCCAGGCCUAGGAUAUGCUGCUGGAUAUAAGGUUUUGCAGCGAGUGUACAAGUAUGGUGGACAACCAUUCGUUCGAGAUUACCUUGCAAAAAAUCACGGCUCGGUAUUUGAUAACACAUUUGGCCCAAAGACUGGAAAGGCGAUGAUGCACUCAUGUGCAGGAAGUUUAAUCGGUAUUGGCGAGAUUGUUCUCCUUCCGCUCGAUGUUCUCAAGAUCAAACGGCAAACAAAUCCCGAGGCAUUUCGAGGACGAGGCGUGCUCAGGAUUGUGAGAGAUGAGGGCUUUGGUUUAUAUAGAGGAUGGGGCUGGACUGCCGCUAGAAAUGCUCCGGGAUCAUUCGCUCUCUUCGGUGGUUCUGCGUUCACCAAGGGAUACUUCUUUGGAUUGUCAGAUUACAAUAAGGCCACAUGGUUCCAGAACUUCAUAGCCUCAAUUGCUGGUGCAUCGGCUUCCCUGCUCGUUUCAGCUCCUCUCGAUGUUGUCAAGACUCGAAUCCAGAACCGAAACUUUGAGAACCCAGAGAGUGGAUUCAGGAUCGUUGGCAGUAUGAUCAAGAAUGAGGGAUUCACAAGUUUCUUCAAGGGUUUGGUGCCUAAACUUCUGAUGACUGGACCAAAACUGGUGUUUUCAUUCUGGCUUGCACAAACUCUGAUCCCGGCCUUUGACAUUGCAUUCUCGAAGGCUGCUUGAGGGCAAAAAGAAGAUUUGUACAUAAGAGGAAAAGUAAUGGGGUCGGAAAAUGGCGUUGGCGUGGAUUGGAGAGAUAACGUCCUCUUCCUGUACAUAGCUUGCAGUAGCUAUAUCUUGAAAUGUAAACAGACUCGACUCGGACAGAACAUACCCUG